UCGCGAGUUGCAAUACGACAGAGAGGGAAAGGAGAUAUAGAUGUUGUCAAUGCGAGCGCGUCCGUUGCUAUCGUCGUUGUCGUCGUGGUUAUUUUUGAGAAAUGUUGGUGAAAUACUCGUGAUAUCAUAACUUGUACAAACAAUAAAAAAAAUGUAUUCACUCGAGAAACAAGUUGUUGAAUAAGUGUAAGUCUGUUUCAAGUGAAAAAGGAUAAAAAGAGAGAAAGAGUACAGACUCGAAAACAAGGUGGUGUGACCGACAAUCGAUUGGGCCUUUCCUAUUUUUUAAUCGAUUCCUUUUACAUACUACUUAACAUUCGCUUUUAUUCAAAUUAAUCCUGGUAUAGUUAUAAAAAUUUUAAAUAAAAAAAAAUAUGGGAUCCAUAGUAUUGAAAUCCCUUUCCGUGUUACUCGGUAUAUUCUUCGUUUUUGUUGGUACAAUGAAAUUAACGUCCCAUAUUAGCAAAGAUCUGCAUAAAGACCUGAGAAAAGAAUAUGUCAAAUAUGCAAAAGUAUUUCCAUUAUCUACCACGUUGGAUUUCAAAGUUCCGAGCAAAUGGUAUAGAAGAGUGGUUGGCUCGCUCGAAAUCAUCUGCGGUCUUGCCAUGGCAAUAAUUCCAAAUCAUAAGAUAAAAAAUUUGUCUAAUGCGGUAUUGCUCUUUUUGAUGCUAAUGGCCGUAUAUUCUCAUUAUAUGGUAAAUGAUAGAUUUGAAAGAAUUGCGCCGGCUUUGGUAUUUUUCUUUAUGCUGACUGGUCGAUUGGUAAUAGAUUGGCAAUUACGACGGGAAGAUGCACAACCAGUUGCAGCUAAUGGAGUAGAUGAGAAAACUAGAAAACAAGACUGAAUCUAUUUAUUUGAAGAUCUGGCGAGCGUAUCUCUUUUACACAUUUUGCAAAGCAAAUCGUAGGUCAAAACAAAAUUCUGUCGAGAGAAGGAAAUAUAAACCCUAAAGAUAAAUUACACUAAUCGUGCGAACAAAACUAGAUGGAUGUUAAACAUUUAUUUCUAGUAUUCCUUCCGUUUAUGGACAGGAUAGAAUAUUUUCGAUGAGAAUAUACGAAAAUGCUACAUACUUUUUAGUAUAGACUUGAAUACGUCCGACAACGUAAAGUGAGCAAUAUCUCAUCCACAUUUUCGCAUCUAAAUGAAAAUUUCCAGAUCCACAUCAUAAUUGUUUGGGUCGAUAUUGCUAUUCAGAAAUGAAACACAAUGUGUUAGCAGGUCCAUAUUCGUGCUCCUAAAUUAUGUGAAAUAUUUACAUUAAGCAUGAGAUAUAAGGAGUUUAUUAAAAAUAUAUUUACCAAAGUCUGCAAUAUAUUAAUAAGAUGAGAGUUAAGUAAAUUUUGUUCCAUCGAUUACAUGACAUUAGAAUGCUUCUAUAUUAGAAAUUAAUCUGAUACCCACCAUAUUUCUUCAUUUACAUUGUCCAACAAUGAAUAUGAAUAUUAGUUAAGUACAAUUAACUGCCACAGAAAAGAAAUGUGUUCUCCUUAAUAUCGUAACUGAAUGUGUGUACAUACAUAUAAAUUUGCUAUACUCUACAUAAAUAUCAAUUGCAUGAUUUAAGAUAUACAUACCUACUUAUAUAUAUAUAUGUAUGUAUGUAUGUAUUGAAUUUAUUUCACAAAUAUGUAGAGUCAUAAGCAAUACUACGUUCCACCAGAAGUUACAUUUAAGAAAAAAAAAUCGCAGUACACUUUUGUAAACACAUUUUGGAAGGACUCUAAUCAUUAUUGCACAAAGAUUGUGAUUAUCUGUGUGUUUAUAAAAUUACUAUUUGUAUGAUAUCAUAAAUAUUUAAAUAUACAAAGUGUUUUAACAAAAUUCAUACCAAUGAAACCAAAAGAAAUUAAUUUCAUUUUUUGAAUCCUACGUCAUGUGCUUUGUAGAUUUAUCUUUUCUGAUAUAACUAGAUAAGUACAAUGUAAAUAUUUAUGAAAAGGAGCAUGCUAAUUAUAAUGGGGCCAAUUUUGUGGUCUUAACUUAUUGUACAUGUACUGUAUAAAUAUCUUUCUUGAAAGCAAAAUGAAUAAAAAUGCUAAUAAGCAAAAACAA